GAUACGAGCUGUUUGUGUACAUAGAGAAGGAUUCUUCUCAACCAUGGGCUCAAAAACGCAACUCGAAGUUGUUGGCUUCAUUAAAGACCCAAAUUUUCAUGUUUCUAAAUGUAUUGCCGAGGGACUGCAACAAAACUUUCCCAAGGAAUUUAUGGAACCAGAAAUUCUGCCCCUUUUUGAACUUGACUGGCAAACAUAUCUGUGCAACAAGAAAAGGGAGCUGCGUGGUGAAGUGUGGCAGUACUCCAGCAGCCUGAUGUGCUUUCUGAACGGCCGUCUCCUUGGGAAUGAAAAGCAUCUUGCCAGCUGGGCUGAGAAUCAGUGGCGUUUCACUCUCACUCACCCGCAGACUUUUUACACAGCUCUCACUGAGGACUAUUACACCAAACACCUCAAGAAAACAGGGCACCAGUUUGUCUUCAUGGACAUAGAUGUAGCUGGAGAAGCAGUGGGGCGGUUAUGGUUUGAGCUGUUCUCAGAUGUGUGUCCGAAGACUUCAAAGAACUUUGAGGCUUUGUGCACAGGAGACGAAGGACUGUCAGAGAGCGGACUGCCGCUCCACUACAAAGGAUCUCUGUUUCACCGAAUUGUGCCAAAUGGUUGGGUGCAAGGUGGAGACAUUUCUCCAGGGAGUAAAGGGAACGGUGGCGAGUCUAUCUAUGGACCAACUUUUGAAGAUGAAAACUUUGCUGUGUCUCAUUCUAAGCGGGGAAUGUUAGGAAUGGCCAAUAAAGGCCCCCACAGCAAUGGAUCCCAAUUCUACAUCACCUUGCAGCCAACUCCAUGGAUGGAUAAAAAACAUGUUGCCUUUGGUCAGGUGAUUGAAGGUGUCGACAUCCUGAGGAAAUUAGAUGAAGCCCCAACUUGCAAUGAAAGACCAAAGUAUGAAUGUAAAGUGACGGCUUGUGGAGUGUUAAAACUGUAG